AUGAGGGAGACAAAUCACAGGUCGAUAGCAACUAAUAAACCAGUAGUAACAAUAACGUCUACGUUGUACGAUCGAAGGGCUUUGGAUGUAGUGUCUGAUAUUCCUUUGAUAAAUUCAUUAAAUCAUUUAACAUAUCUAACUUCUAAUUCUGCAAAAGUAAGAGAUAUUAUUUCUAAUGACGGUGCAUUGGAGCGACUUGUUGCAAUGCUUCAUAAUUGCUAUUUUUUUCAACUAGAAAUUUUAAAUCAAAAAGAUACACAUCACUCUAUGGAUAUACGAUCAGAUAUAGUAUCGAGACAACAAACAUGCGCAUUAUAUGCUUGGAGGUGGACAUUAGCAUUUCAAUGCUUGGUCCUUACGGGGACUAGAGGUUCUGAAAUGAUUAGGAAUAGAGUUGUAUCUGCUGGUGUGCUCCCACUUUUAGCAACAGUCCUUGAUAAUUAUCUAUUGUUUACCAAAAAUUACGAUUACAUGAAUGGAACAUAUUUAAGUUUUGAUUUUAAAAAAAUGAACCUUGAUAGUCAGGAAUCAUAUGAACUCUUUAAGAAAUCUGAUUCAGAAACCUUUCAGGAUUAUUUAACAAAUAUAAUAGGAGAAGAUAUUUUUCAUUUAUCUGAAGAUACCAAUCGUUUUGAUGAAGUUUUAUUAAAGAAAAAAAUGACUAAAGAGACCGAUUUCGGACUCAUAUGGAAGUCUUUUGAAGAUACUAACAUACCACCUAUUGAUGACGAUGCGAAUUGUUUUCUGGAUGAAACAGAACCAGUUCCAGCAAUAUUAACACCAAGAGAGUUCUAUUUGGGCCGUAUUGUGCCGAAACAGGAUGAUGUCAUAUGGUCAUUGCAAUUAUUAGCAUUUAUUUCAAAAUAUACUUAUAUGAAAAAAUUACUUCAAGAGGUUACUCCAGAUGAAAGAUUAUCAUUUAGACCUAUUAUUGACAGGGUUAGAAAGAGACUUAUUAUUAAAAAGGGACAAAGUUUACCUAUUCCAUCUUUUACUGGUAAAGAAGUGCGUACCGAAGAGAGUCUUGGUACCAGCAAUGAUGCCUUCGAAUUAGAGAUAAACGAUUCAUAUAUUAGCACCAAUAGUGAUCUCAUCGAUGUAGAUAUUACUUACGAACCGCCUGCCUCCCAAGAAACAGACGGCACUGACAACGAUACAAAUUUUAUAAUUGAUGAACAUAUUGAAAUGGAUACAUCUAGAACAUCAGAUGAAAGCAAAUUACUUCAAGAGUUACUAAAUGUGGCAGAACAAUGUGAUAACUUAUAUUCUGUAAAAGACGAUGUUAUUAAAUGUGAAGUGAGAAAUCCAUAUCGUUACAUGGGAUUUCAAAUUGAAACUGCAAAUGAUUCAACGAGAAGGCAAAAGGAACAUUUAUUAAAGCAAAUGUUCGAGAAAAAUUGGAACUAUAAAGAACUGUCGAUGGACAUCGAUGACCAUAAUCUACAUGAACCGUCAAUGAGCUUACAAAGUUUAAAUAUAUUUCCAUUAGUUGAAAAAUAUACAGUAACUAGCGAUAAUCCUAAGGAUGUCAUAUACUGGAGUUCAGUAAUAAUGCGUAAUUCCUGUAGGAAGAAUGAAACUACAGGUGUUCGUCAAUGCUCUAAUUUUUCAUGUGGUAAGUGGGAAGAAUAUCCUCGACAAUUUGCCAAAUGUCGUCGUUGUAAACGUACUAAAUAUUGUUCCCGAAGUUGUCAGCUCAAAGCAUGGACAUACCAUAGAUAUUGGUGUCACGAAGCAUCAUCCAGUUCAAAGAAUAGUGCAUCAAAUGUUGGAAUGGAAAGUGAUGCAACGACUCCUAAUGAAGGUCAGUCUGGAGGCAAUUCUACUGAUAUUUCAGAAGUAAUUGCUACUAAUAUGAGUAAUUUGAGUACCACCGAAGUAGGUGAUAAUGAAGUGGGACCAAUAGAAACACAUGUAAACCAUUUCGAUAGCAAUGAUGAUGAUAGAGAGGGAGAGGGAGAGGGAGAAGAAGAAACAUAA